AUGUUUACAGCGGCACAAUCAUCAUCUUCAGGACCCAAGCCUGUCGUCCGGCCCCAUGCACCCAAACGUAUCCCCCUUCCUCGGCGAACAAGCGCAGAGGUACCGUACGCCCGUACAUAUCCCUCUACACCGGCUCUUAGUCCCACCAGCCACUACAACCAUCGAGAGCCAAGCACCAACCCGUUCUUCGUAGCCGACAAGGAAACGCCCCUCGUCACCACUCAGCGAUUUCGCAACCCGCCAUCCCCCCCUACCCACGUACGCCGGCCGACGUUGCCAGUCGAGAUCAGUCUGGAGCACGCCUUCGGCAAUACACGGCCAGAUUCUGGUCAGGCGCAAGAGAGCAGGCCGAAAAAGGAGAGAGGGGUUCCUGCAUCUGUCACCUCGUGCACUUCAUCUCGCUCACAGCCUGAAAUAUCCAAGUCUCGAAAGAGCAGGCCUAAGAAUCGGCCCCGAGCGAUAACGAGCUUGCCAGCGCUGCAGACGGUGGGGUUGAGUUUGCAAACUCCGUCGUUUCGGUCGACUGUUCAUACUGUUGGAGCCGAAACUGGAGCUGGAACCGAGACACCCCCAACUAGCACUGCUGGCUUGUCGGUAUCGGCACCGGCGUCUAGGAAUAUUAGCAUUUCAGAGAUCCCGUUGUUGAGCGGACAUAUUGGAUGUGCAGUGGAUGUUUUUGGCUUGGCGGCGCUGCAGCCCCCGAGGGUUGAUGUGCGACCUAGGCCCAGGGUAAGGCAGAGGGCUAGUGUUCUAUCCAAGGAUGGUUCAGAAGGUGGUCCAGCCUCAAAUGGCCUGGUCUUUUCGGUCAGAACUGCGAGCCCUGCAAGGAGCUAG